AUGAUCUCAGACUCCCACCUGCACACACCCAUGUACUUCUUCCUCUCCAACCUGUCCUUUGUGGACAUCUGUUUAACCUCCACCACCAUCCCAAAGAUGCUGGUGAACAUCCAGACACACAGCAAGGUCAUAACCUAUGAAGGCUGCAUCACCCAGAUGUACUUUGCCAUUCUCUUUGGAGUUUUGGAGAACUUCCUUCUCAGCGUGAUGGCCUACGACCGGUAUGUGGCCAUCUGCCACCCCCUGAACUACACAGUCAUCAUGAACCCCCAGCUCUGUGUGUUGCUAGUUCUGGUGUCCUGGGUCAUGAUUGUCUCCUUAUUUUAUUGUACGAUGCUAGGAGUGUACUUUAGUUCCGCUGCUACACACAACUCACACUCAAGUGCAACAGCCUCGGUGAUGUACAGUGUGGUCACACCCAUGCUAAACCCCUUCAUCUACAGUCUGAGGAAUAAAGACAUAAAGGAGGCUCUGAAAACACUUUUCAGAAGGAAGCCAUGA